GUAAACUAUUUUGCAACGAUAAAUACCAAGACAUUGCCUUUAAUGAUAACUACUUGUCGUGGAUGAGCCUCAAAAACGGUGUCCUUCCGGGUGUCAAGAGAUUUGCAAACUCGGAUGAAUUGUCACAAAUAGUGGACUCAACUGUAGCCGACACUAUCAAAAAUAUAGUAAACACCGAGGGCAUUAACAAGCCAUUUUCACCUCGGCCAUAUUUGCUAGAUAUUGUGGUUAAUGUUUUAUCAUCGGCUGUUUUCAGUGAAAAGUUUGAUAUAAACCAAUUGGAAUUUCAAUGCUUUAAAUACUGUUCAAUUGAUUGGCUAUCAGACGUGGGAAACAAUUAUUACAUUUAUGAAUUCAUACCGAUAUUACGUCAAUUUUGGACCAACCCUUUAUCGCGUUAUUCGCAAUCAUUUGAUGAAUGCAUGGAUUAUACGAGAAAUGUGUUGACAAAUCACAACAAAACAUUUAAAGCCAAUAAUUUGAGGGAUUUUUGCGAUGUUUUGAUCGGCGCUAAGAAGUCGGCCGUCGAUGAGGACAGCUAUACAGCCGAGUGUUUUGGCGACGACUCACUCGUCGCUACACUUAAUGAUUUGUUUAUCGUGGGAGUAACGACAACAUUAACAACAUUACAAUGGAUGCUAUUAUACAUGGCGUAUAACCCUGAUGUGAGUGAAAAGUUGCAUGAUGAAAUCUGGUGCAGAAUCGGCGACCGAAAGCCCAAUGCCGAAGACAGGGAUCAAUUAGAUUACGUGAUGGCGUUCAUAGCCGAGUGCCUUAGACUUAGAAAUCCCACACCUGUUGGACUAUUUCACCGAGCUAUGUCCGACAUUAAUCUAGGUAAUAAAUACCAGAUACCCGCUGAGACCAGUGUUAUCGUUCACCAGUACUCCAUACUUACUGAUGAUAAGAAUUGGGUCAAUGCUUCACAGUUUAACCCUGAUCGAUUUCUCGAUGAUUAUGGCAGGUACGCACCGGUCAAGUCUAUAUCGUAUAUGCCGUUUGGCACCGGCCGACGUCUGUGUCCAGGUGAACAACUCGCAGCCAAUCAACUGUUUAUGAUCAUGGUCAGAUUCUUGCAGUUAACCCGUGAAUUA